UCUCCGAGGCACAACAAGCUAUUCCGGAGCUCCGUCCUCUGCAGCUGGCCUUCAUCGCUCAGGUUUCUGAAGCAGCCAUGGCAGCAGUACCUGAACUCGACAGUGAAAUGAUGGCUUGCUACAGUGACAAUGAGAAUGACCUGUUCUUUGAGGCUGAUGGCCCCCAACAGACUAAGUGCUCCUUUCAAAACCUGGACCUCAGCCCUCUGGGAGACGAGAGCAUCCAGCUGAAAGUCUCCCACCAGCUUUGCGACUCAAGUUUCAAGCGGAUCGCGUCAGUCAUGGUUGCAGUGGAGAAGCUGAGGAAAGUGCCCAUUGUCUGCUCACAGGACUUCCAGGACGAUGACCUGAGAGGCCUCUUUUUCUUCAUCUUUAAAGAAGAACCCAUCGAUAGCAUGUGGGAUGACACUUAUGAGUGUGAUGCACUCCUACAAUCGCUGAACUGCAGACUCCGUGACAUAAACCAAAAAUCCCUGGUGCUGUCUGGACCGCAUGAGCUGCAGGCUCUUCACCUCACUAGACAGAAUGUGAACCAAGGAGUGGUGUUCUGCAUGAGAUUUGUGCCAGGAGAAGAAAAUAAUGACAAGAUUCCUGUGGCCUUGGGCAUCAAGGCAAAAGACCUAUACCUCUCUUGCAUGAUGAGGGAUGGGAAGCCCACCCUGCAACUGGAGACAUUAGACCCCAAAGCUCAGUCAAAGAAGAAGAUGGAAAAGCGAUUUGUCUUCAACAAGACAGAAGUGAUGGGCAAAGUAGAAUUUGAGUCUGCCCUGUAUCCCAGCUGGUACAUCAGCACCUCGCAAGCGGAACAGAUGCCCGUCUUCCUAGGAAAUGUUAGAGGGGGCCGAGAUAUAACUGACUUCACCUUGGAAAUCCUGUCUUCCUGAAGAGAACUGCACCCAGAGUACCCACAUGUGCUGCGUAACCCCAAGGGCUACAGAAAUGGGAAAAAAUAGUUUGAACAUGGCAGCGGGCUGCAUGUCGCUGUUGUCUAGUCAAUGCCCAGCUGCCUUCCCUGCGCUAAUACUAAGGAAACCACCAGCCAGGAGGAGCAGCCCCCUCCUCCUGGGGCCAAUCCUCAGACCCUUGGGCUGAGCCAGGCCUCUCCCAUCCUCUGCUCACAAAAGCCAACCUGACAGAAACCCCUGCACAUGGACACCCUCUGUCCUUUGUACCCGGCUUCUGAUGAGCAUCCACUUAAAUUAUCUAUUUAUUUAUUUAUUUAUUGAUGGGUUUGUCUAUUUAAUUUAGUUCAAGGGGGCCAAGAAGCAGCAGUUUCUGUGAGAGUUCAGUCUUCAAUAACUAAGGAGCCAGUUUGAUCUGGGUAACUGUGCUGUCUUUAUAUCAAGUUCUUUCACCUGGCUGAAUAAGCUCAGAUUAUUUUAAUAGAAAUACUUGUGAAUGAGGAAGUAAGAUCACACUGCUUCAAUAAUUCUUCAAUAAA